AUGCAAAACCCAGGAAGGGUAGCGCCAGUCGACGUUGAAAAACUAAUGACGCGCCAAGGGGAGAUUUGCCAAAACUGUGCAGCGUCACCUACACUGUUCCACCCUUCUCCUCGUGACACCGUCACCAUGAGUAGAACCAGGAGACUUCGGUUCAUCUGUUUUAGGGAACAUCCAGCCCCGAGUCAUUGCAUCUUUGGAGAUUGA